AUGGCCGACACUAACACCCUGCCCACCGUGGCGGACGAGAAGACCAACAUCGACACCACCGCCGCCCACCGCGAGACGGGCGAGAGCAGCAGCGGCCACCGGGAACACGAUUUCAUCGAGAAGUUCGAGCACUCCGCCCCGGGAUACGGCAACGAGCGGGCGGAGAAGGCGAUAGACGAUGUCAAGGACGAAGACAACCCCAAUGUGCACACCACCUUCAACGCCCAGCUCUUCCUGGGACUCACAGCCAUGUCCUUCCUGUGGGUGGGCUCACAAAUCCCGCUGUACCUCUUCGGAUCGGUCUUGCCCGACAUCUACAGUGAAGUCGGAGGCGCGAAUGGACGAUGGGUGUGGAUGAUCAUCGGUUAUUUGAUUCCCAACGCUGCGCUGUGUCCCUUCGUGGGUGCCUUGUCCGAUAUCUUCGGCCGCAAAGCGGUGGCGGCGUUUGGACAAGUUCUGUUGAUUAUCGGACCUGUGGUCGUUUCGACGGCGCACGACAUCAAUGUUGCAAUCGGCGGCAUGGUCAUCGCAGGUCUGGGAGCUGGUCUCAACGAACUGAUCGCCCUCGCGGGAACAUCUGAAAUGGUACCGGUUCGAAAGCGAGCGGGCUACGUCGGUGCGGUCGUCUUCACGAUCCUGCCCUUCUGCCCGUCGCCCCUCUGGGCUCAGCUCAUCACGAAGGACUCGAACUGGCGAUAUAUCGGUGCGCUGGUUGGUGCGUGGAAUGCGAUUGGCUUGAUCUUGGUUGCGCUCUGCUACAAGGAUCCAGUCCGCGAACGUCCAGCGGCCAAGGAGAUUCUCAAGCAGAUUGACUACGUUGGCGGUAUGCUCAGCAUUGGCGGCGUGACGUGCUUCAUGUCCGGGAUGCAAUGGGGAGCUCGUCAGUACGAAUGGACCACUGUACACGUCCUGGUGCCCUUUUUGAUCGGUCUCGUCAUGAUCAUUGCCUUCUUCGUCUGGGAAAUCUGCUUCGCCAAGUAUCCCAUGGUCCCCAAGGCUGUCUUCUCGAAAGACAAGCGAACGAUGAUCCUGAUCCUGUUGGUUACCUUCUUCAGCGGUGGUAACUUCUUCGUCAUCUUGCUGUUCUGGCCGACGCAGGUGUACAACAUGUACGGAAACGACCCCGUGCAGAUCGGUAUUCGAACGCUCCCUAUCGGAUUCGGCAUCAUCUUUGGUGCGGCGUUCGCUCUGGUCUUGAUCGGAGCUACUAAAGGACGUACGACCAUCCUCAUGAUCUUCUGGACCGUCUUCAUGACGGCAUUCGUGGGAGCUAUGUCAGUCGCACGACCAGACAACCUCAACCCCGUCGUAUAUCCCAUCAUCACACUGGCAUCCGUCGGUGUGGGUGCCGUCAUCAUUCCCUGCUCGAUUAUCGCACAGAUCAUGUGUCCCACGGAGUUGAUUGGAACCAUCACGGCGAUCACACUCUCCAUCCGAUACAUUGGCGGUGCCGUGGGUUUCGCCGCCUACUACAACGUCUUCUUCCACAAGUACUACGCCUUGGCCAACACGGUGGCCGGCCCACAGAUCACCGACGCCGGAAUCACGACCGAUUACUUCGAGCUGGUGAACCUCAUCACGCUGGCGUCGAACGCCGAGUACCAAAAGGUCAUGGACUUGAUCGCGAGCAGCCCGACGGUGAUGCACAAGGAUACGGCGUACGCCACCAUCAUCAGCGCCGUGCAAGAUGCGUUCGGCAUCGCCUACCAGUGGCCGUACUGGAUCAGCAUUGCGUUUGGUGGUGUUUGCAUAUUAUGUUCGUUGGGACUGAGGGAUAUCCGACAGCACAUGUGA